CUGCUGCGCGUUUCACAGUCCGCUCUGCACACAGCGGAGAGGCGAGCAGGUGGAACCGCAGCACUGCACUUCAGAGCCAACCUGCAAAACUCCGUUUUAAAAGAUCCACACAAUGGAAACGCUGAUUAAGAUUGAAGGACCCAACGUGAAAUACAGCGAGAAGUACAUUGAGUCUCAGUACCCAUACCACAGCGCUGAGGUCUCGCUGGAGAACGGGACUUACAAGGUCAAGCCCUCCACCACCCACUUCACGUUCCGCACAGAGAGGAAGGUGCCCAAGCUGGGGGUCAUGCUGGUGGGCUGGGGAGGCAACAACGGGACCACGGUCACCGCCGCCGUGCUGGCCAACAGGCUGGGAAUGACAUGGAGAACCAAGACUGGGAUCCAGAGUGCAAACUACCUGGGCUCACUGCUGCAGUCCUCCACGGUGUGCCUGGGCACGGGUCCACAGGGCGACGUCUACGUGCCGUUCGGGAGGCUGCUGCCCAUGGUGCACCCCAACGACAUCGUCUUCGAUGGCUGGGAUAUCUCCUCCCUGGAUCUGGCCGCUGCUAUGGAGCGCGCUCAGGUGCUCGACUGGUCGCUGCAGCAGCAGCUCCGCCCCCAUAUGGAGAAGCUGAAACCCAGACCCUCCAUCUACUUCCCCGAGUUCAUCGCAGCCAAUCAGGGAGAGCGUGCUGACAACCUCAUCCAGGGAACCCAGCAAGAGCAGCUGGAGCAGGUGCGCAGGGAUAUCCGCGAUUUCAAGCAGAAGAGCGGCGUGGACAAGGUGGUGGUGCUGUGGACCGCGAACACGGAGCGCUUCUGUGACGUCACCCCAGGAGUCCAUGACACGGCACACAACCUGCUCAAGGCCAUCGAGAUCGGAGCGGAGGUCUCCCCCUCCACCCUGUUCGCGGUGGCCAGUAUUCUGGAGGGCUGCGCCUACAUCAACGGCUCCCCGCAGAACACCUUCGUCCCGGGGGCGGUGGAGCUGGCCGUGCAGCGCAGAGUCUUCAUCGGGGGAGAUGACUUCAAAUCCGGGCAGACCAAAAUCAAGUCAGUGCUGGUGGACUUCCUCGUGGGCGCGGGGCUCAAGCCCACCUCCAUCGUGAGCUACAACCACCUGGGCAACAACGAUGGCAUGAACCUGUCUGCCCCGCAGCAGUUCCGCUCCAAGGAGAUCUCCAAGAGCAACGUGGUGGACGACGUGGUGAAGUCGAACCCUGUGCUGUACCGGCCGGACGAGAAGCCUGACCACUGCGUGGUGAUCAAGUACGUGCCCUACGUGGGAGACAGCAAGCGAGCCAUGGACGAGUACAUCUCUGAGAUCAUGAUGGGGGGAACCAACACCAUCGCCAUGCACAACACCUGCGAGGAUUCCCUGCUAGCCAGCCCUCUUAUCCUGGACCUGGUGAUCCUGACUGAGCUGUGUCAGCGCAUCUCGUUCUGCACAGAGUCCCAGCCGGAGUUCCAGGGCUUCCACAGCGUGCUUUCCAUCCUGAGCUACCUGUGCAAGGCACCGCUGGUCCCUGAGGGCACGCCCAUCGUCAACGCCCUGUUCAAGCAGCGUGCCUGCAUUGAGAACACCUUGCGGGCCUGUCUGGGUCUGCCCCCUCAGAACCACAUGCUGCUGGAGCACAAGAUGCAGAGGACCUCCCUGUGCAGCAAGCCUGGCAUCACCAACACCGUUUCCAAGAAGCUGUCAACCCUCAGCAACGGGCACAUCCAGAAUGGUCUAGUCAAGCUGCACGGGCAGUAGGACAGCGCGGUGCUGGGGGGUGGGUGGCUGGGUGACCGUGACACUAACCCUCCUGCUGUAUUUUGGUGCUUUGACAGAAACCUUGAACCUGAGCAAUGCAGCGUUGCACUUCAGAAACAGACCACUCCUGACAGCGAAUCUCCCAAACAGGACUUUGCCCCUGAUUGACGCACCACUUCAUUCGAAGGCUUCUGUGUGUUUGUUUUUUUGUUAGCUGUAGGGUUGGACUGCCUUACCUAAAAUAACAGGCGACAGCAAUUAGCAGUAAUCUAGGUCUGUGAAACCAGCCUGUAAUGUUUUGUAACAAUUUUUUUUAAAGAUUUGACUGUUGUUUUAUUAUUAUGAGUAGUGUUAUUGUUAUUAUUAUUAUAUCUUGACAUGUAUAACCAUAGAUAAGCGCUCAGCAGUUUUGUAUCCAGACCACUCCCUUAAUUCCACAUCCUCCUGUCAGUGUACAGGAAACAGCUGUCCAUCGCGCUGUAGUUAUUUUGUAUUACUGUUAUUGAUGACUUCAAUGUGAGCUCUGAUUGUAAGCGUUUUGAACAUAGUCUCUUAGUUUCUUGUUAUCAUUGCUGUCUAGUUUUAACGUUGUUUUAGUUGUUUUGUGAAUGUGCCAGGGGGGAGACUGCAGAAAUGGCAUCAUUGAGUUACAGUAUGACAUCACAGUGACCUUUCCCAGCCCAGCAUUCUCUCACCUCAACAUUCCAAAUAAACACAUUUUGAACCUGCA